AUGGAUCAACACAUUUUAGAGGAAGAAAUUGUUAUAUCAGAGCUAUUCGAUGAUGAGGAUGAGGUAGAUUAUGAGCCAGACGAAGACACUUACAGUCAAAAACCAAACACUGCUCAAAAACUUUCUGGUGCUGUUGAGGAAAAAGAAACAAAUGAAGUAGAAAUUCCCAAUGGAAAUUCCAACCGACACCGUCCACGUAGCAAGACUGAAGGCAAUUAUUCGGACACUCAAUGUACAUCAAAUGGUAAAUCAAUUGGUAAAGACGAAAAAUCUGACAUUAAUAAUGGCCUAAAGUGUUUAAACUUUAAGCCAGAUAUUAGUGACUCUACCU